UUUACGCAAAAAAUGGUUUUUCAAAAUCUUCUUUACUUCUUGUUUCCCUUUGUUUUUCUUCAACAUUUUGCUUUAUGUCAAGAACAAGUAGUUAGAUCAGCCUAUUGGCUUUCUAGCUUUAAUUUCUCAGCUUCUGAAAUUGAAUCCAAAUAUUUCACUCAUAUUUUUUGUGCAUUUGCUGAUAUUAAUCCCAAAGAUUUUCAAGUCUCUAUUUCCUCAUCAAAUAUAUCACCAUUUUCCACUUUCACAAAAAAUGUUCAACAAAAAAACCCUUCAAUUAAAACCUUAUUGUCCAUUAAAGAUUCUAAUUUUGUCACUUUUUCUACCAUGGCUAGUAAUCCAACUUCUCGAAAACAAUUCAUCGAUUCGUCGAUAUUUUUAGCUAGAUCUUUUAAUUUUCAUGGCUUAGAUCUUUAUUGGACUUACCCUAAAUCAAAUUCAGACAUGAUCAACUUAGAAAUUCUUAUAAAAGAAUGGCAAUCCGCAAUAAUCUUGGAAGCUAAAACAUCAAGUAAACAAGCAUUGUUACUAAGUUUAGCAGUUUAUUACAAACCAAAAAUUAAUGGUACUUUGAAUUACCCUUCAAAGUCAUUAGCAAGAAGUUUAGAUUGGAUUAAUCUAAUGGCUUAUAAUUUCACUUCUCCUAAUCUUUCGCGUGUAAUGCGACCUCAUGCUGCAUUAUUAGAUCAAGAUUCUGGAAAAAAUAUUAGUGGAAGUGCUGGAAUUGAAGAUUGGAUUAAAUCUGGAAUUCCUUCUAAGAAAAUAGUUUUUGGUUUGCCAUUUUUUGGAUAUGGAUGGAGAUUAUUGAAUAGGGAAAAUCAUGAUUUAAAUGCACCGGCUAGAGGACCUAUUGGUGGUGGAGAUGGAUCAAUGGGGUAUAAAGAAAUAAGUGAAUUUUGUGUUAGGGCAACAAUAACAUUUGAUGCUGAUAUUGUUGGGAAUUAUUGCUAUUUGGGAACAACAUGGAUUAAUUUUGAUGAAUUUAAUACCAUUUUUACUAAGGUUGCUUAUGUUAAGAAGAAGGGAUUGCUUGGUUAUUUUGCAUGGCAUGUUGGGGUGGAUAAUAAAUGGACUCUUUCUCAAGAAGCAUUGCAAGCUUGGGAAGUUUAGGUUGAAUUUCUCUUUUUGGUUAAAAUUGGAUUAUUUGGCCUUGGGACAUCUUUAUUGCAGUCAACUUUGACUAGGAGAUUUGUUAAUAAAUAAAUAAAUAAAUAAAAUAAAAUAAAAACUUUGAACAGGAGAGAUGAUAUUCAUAGUAGCUUGAACUUUUUUCUCUUUUUUAUGUAAUCCAUAAAUUUCCACAUAUACAACAAUAAAAGCUGUGUGAUGUACUACACGUUUACAUUAAGCUUGUUGUUAUGAAAAUAAUUAUAUUAUAGAUGUCUAUUUAUUACUCCGCUAUAGAUAAUCUUCCUAAAGAAGAUUAUCC